AUGGAUAAAAAAUUACCAGGGCAUCAAUCCCACAUUUUCUCUGCUCCCCUCCUAUUUUAGCAAGAUAAUACCUAAAACUGGCCCAAAUGAACCGAUUUAAGCCAAGGAUCAACUAAUUGGAUAUACAUUUCUUCUGUAAAAUGUUAGGUGGUGCAAGUAGGCAUGUUUCCUUAGUGCUGGUUUGUGGAAAGGAAGGUAAUGAUCGGGGGAUCAUUCAAAGCUUUGAUCUUGACAGGGUGUAUUUUUUUCUUACAGAAAAUCUGUGAUAAUUAGAUAAUCGUUUGAAUGCUUCUCAGCAAUGUGGUGAUACACCGUCUAUUUUGUUUUGAAAUGUCUUUCUAGAUGAGAGAGAACAACUGUCUGCUUUAUUGUCAGUUAUGUAUUUUCUUGAGUAUCAUGUCUUUAUCUGGUGAAUUUGUGGACGUAUCUCUUUCAGUUGUGUGCAUACUUUGUCUUGUUAUCAAUUUUUUCUACUUUCAUAUAGAAUAAGCUACUUAUUCCUUUUUUAUUUUUUGAAGGUUGACAUGCGCAGAGCAAAUAACUGUGAAAUCAUGCUCACCAAAAUCAAGAUGCCACUUCCUGAUAUGAUGGUACAUCGAGUUAUUCUCUGUUAUGAUGCAAAGGAAACUAAUGUAGAAUAAAACUUCAACAUUUUUUGAAUCAUCGCACUUCCAGAGCAAUAGCAUAUACUCUUUUCCAAUACAAUUUUUUUGACAUGUGUAAAUUCUCAAAUUAGCAAUUUACUUCCGAUUAUGUCUUGUGGGAUAUAUAAUUUUUUGUUAAUUGAUUGUUUCUUUAAUUUUUUUGAUGUUUAGAGUGCCAUCUUGGCUUUGGAUGCGACAGUUUUAGAUAUUGACCAAGUGGAGAACCUUAUCAAAUUUUCCCCUACAAAAGAAGAAAUGGAGAUGCUGAAGGUAACUACUACUUUAAUGAGUAAUGUGCGCCUAAAAUCAGGACUGGAUGCUUUAUGAGUUGAGUUAUCUUAGUACCCUAGCUCAUUAUGUCGUCUCCAGCUCUAGAUGUUUACAAAUGCUUUCCUUUAAUAAGUAUUCCCAGGUUUAUAAGGUAAUCUAGGCAGUAUUCUAGAACCUUAGCCCUAGGCAAUAUGACAAUUCGACUUGGACUAGACAAUAAAAAGCGUUAAAUUAGUAAAGUUUUGAUGAAUAGCAGAGAAAUGGUUUUUCGCAUUUAUGCAGCAGUUUAAAUCUCAUACAAUAAGUAUUAUUCUUUUAUGUCAGUUCUACAAAAAAAUUUGUAGAAAACUCCUUACUUGCUCCAUUCUGGAAUGAAAUUUAAUCAUCUCUGAAAUGAUGUGCAUUCAAGUUGGGUUUAAAAUAAUUUGUUUUACCUGUAUGUUGGUCAUCUUUCUUUCUUGAUGUCAGGUGAAGGAUGGAGUCUUAGCCGCCCUAAAAUUCUCUCAACUCUGGAGAAUGCAUGCAUUAAUUGACCUAGUAUUCCCCCAACUUUCACAACUCACUCUCUCCUUCCUACUUGGGCAGUCCAUAGGAUCAUUAAAUGAAAUGGGGCGAUUUAUAGGAGAUUUUCAUCUGGCAUGAGAUCGAAAAAAGCUCCCUGAACAUAAUCAGUCCCCUACACCGUGGUGUUACAUAUGGUAUCCAUGGAAGUAGUCAGCUGGUUUAGGUAAAAAUGCUUUCAUGUGAAAUUCUCAUAAAAAAUAUUACUCUCAAAAGGAGAAGGGGGUUUCUAGAUCUGAUGUGUAGUAGGAUGUCCAGUUGUUCCAUCUUGGACUAUGUGAUGACUUGACUUGACUGAGAAAUUCUUUUAUUUUUUAUCAUCUCGUGCAAUGGACCAGAAGUGGACUUAUGCUCUUCAGAGUACUGAAUCUCUUCAUUCUUGAGGUUUCUUUUCAUAUUUUAAUUCUACGCCAUGAUUAUUACCUGUGUAACAGGAAAAAUUAAGAGCAGAUUACUUGAUUGAGAAGUUUCUUUUUUUUUUUCUUUUCUUGUCUGCAUCUUUUAUUUAACACAGCUGUUAAUAUAAUUCGUUCCACAAGUUAACAUAGAUGGUUUUCCACUCGCUGAAUUGUUCAUCCUUCAAGUUUCUCUUUGGCUGUUAAUAUCAUUGCUCUGUCUCAUGAUUGAAAAACUUUGUAGUAUUAAUAUUUUAUGUGUUGUCAGGCACGUAAAGAACUUGACUUGGCAGAAGUUUCCUCUUUUUUCCUCUCCACUUCUCCCCAUUGAACUGGAGGCUCACUAUUGACCACUUUGGGAAUAAUCUUUGUGGGUCUUCAAAUUGCUGAAUGUCCUCAUCCUCGAUUUUUCUCAUAAUUUUUGUCUCUCCCUCCUCUCAAAUAUACACAAAAGAGGUUUUUCCCAUAUCCUAUACGAAUCUCUUAACUAGCUGCUUCUAGAUCCCUACUUUGUGUAUUUCGUCUACUUUGCUUUCAAGAGUGAAAUCAUUUUCUGCACAGAUUAGGGGAGCAUCUGCAGUCCUGUAAAUUGGUCAACUUUUCUAGUUGGUCAGUUGUUAGUUAAAAUGAAACACUACUAGGUUCUGUAAAUGAUCACAUAAGGAAUCAGUUAUCUUUGGAAGGACAUUAUCCUCUAUAUUGUAGUUCUCAAGUGUACUGUAAUUAUCAUUCAAUAAUCAAACCUGAUCUACGUUGGAUCUGGGAGUGCACUUGUUGAAUGUUGAUCUAUUCCAGGCUCUGUCAUUGUUUUCCCCUCGUAAUUUUUUUCUCCAGGCUCUAUCAAAAGGAAAAUCAUUUAUGCUUAAAUCUUUGCCAAGUUCCGAGAAUUGAGACAUUUCUCUGGUAAAAUACUUGAUCUCUGUACUAGACGGGCAGUGUAAAUGCUGAUAUAAUGAUGAUACUAAAAGCUGCUUGUUCGUUCUUAUUAUUAUUGGCUAGGGAUCAUCAUUUAGAAUUGGUCAACAUUUUCAUGUUUGUUAUGUAUGAUUAAUUGUGCUAACUAAGUUGUACAAAAGAAUGUACCUGUAAUGUUGCCACUUUUCACUUUCUUAUACUCCCCAUUCAUUGUUUACCGAACACUCAGCUCCCUUAUCUACAAUAAUUGACAAAACCUUUUAGCUGCAAGGGUUGCUGUGAGUCCAGACUAUCUAUUGAUUCUUAUGUAUGGAUUUACGAUGAAGUGUAUUAUUCGCAAUUAUUGAUGUGUUUUCAAAUACAUGAAAGAAUCUUGAAUGAGAAAUCUAGUUUAGAAGUGACUGUAAAAAUAGUGUGUCGCAGUUUAAUCUGUUUUUUUUUUUCUAGUCGUUCUAAUAUCUAACGAAAGAAACGUUUCUUUUACAAAGAUAAUGUCCAAAGUAUCAAAUGACGUGCAGAACUCGAAUUAUCUAUCUGCCUCUGAUGCAUGGAGGGAAAAAAUUUCCAAAAUAAAUUCAUGACUGGAGCAUUGCUUUCUUUUCUUUACUAUGACUUUACAGAUCUUAAUUCCUUCUGAAAAUGUACGUCAAUAAAUUAUAUUCUGUCGUUUUUUCUCUUGUUCUUUGAGUUCCACUCUGGUUAUCUCUGUCUGCCGUGAAUCAUUUCUACUUCAGUAUUUAGAUAGAGAAAAUGACGUGCAGCCUUGCUAGUCAUUUCUGUUGACGUAAAUUGCUCUUUUGAAUUUACUCGAAGUUUAAGUUUCUGUACAGUACGAAAGGACUACUUUGAACAAAUGCUAAAACUAAGAUUUUUCCUGGAAUUUCCAGUGUAUUUUUGGUUCCAGAAUCACUUGUCUUGUUUGGACCUUUUCAGUUCAAUGUCCGACAAGUUCUUACGUUGCCAGUUUGACUAUUUGUCUUCUAUUUUGUUGACUUUCUUCCUUGGUUUUAUAUCCUUACAGAAUUAUACCGGCAACAAAGAUAUGCUCGGGAGGUGUGAGCAGGUAGAUCUGAUGCACUGAAUACUCAUCUAAGCAUGUUUCUUGGUUAACUUUGACACUCCUUGGCUUGGCAGUUUUUCCUAGAGUUGAUGAAGGUCCCACGUGUUGAAUCCAAGCUACGUGUUUUCUCUUUUAAAAUUACGUUUUCCACACAGGUAAGAGCAGGAUAACAGUGCCCAUGGGUGGAUCUUCCUGUCUAAUAUUCACAAUGUUUGAGAUAUCCUGUAUUGUUUCUGCAGGUGAAUGAGCUGCGAUCCAACUUGAACACUAUUAAUGAUGCAGCUAUUGAGGUAAUCUUAUAACUUUAUUAUUUCCCCAAAGGAGCUUGGCAAGUAUGAUUUGUGUCUGAUCUGUCCUUAUUUUCAGGUGAAAGGCUCUAAAAAGCUGAGACAAAUAAUGCAGACAAUUCUUACAUUAGGAAACGUAUUAAACCAGGGAACAGCGAGAGGUACUAUGACGUGCUACCCUAUGUCGUUAAAUUCUACGUGUAAGCAGAUGCUAGAAAUUUAUUUUGAUUGGCUUCUGCACCAAUGGUAUUGCAGGAUCUGCUGUGGGAUUCAAAUUAGAUUCAUUGCUCAAGCUAUCAGACAUUCGUGCAAGGAAUAAUAGGAUGACCUUAAUGCACUAUUUAUCUAAGGUUUUUUCUUUAGCAGAUCAUUUAAAAUCGUCUAUUCUCAAAACAAUAUUAGGAUGACCUUAAUAUUUUGAUUAUGGCAUCGUCUGAUGUAUUCUAAUUAACAUGCUGAAAUUAUCUGUGCUCCUCUAUUCUCAAAACAAUAUAGUUUUUGCUAGAAGUUUCAGUUUGUACUUCUGUUUGUUUAUGUGAUGACCAAAUCUUGAGGAUGAAUCCCUUUCCUGUACAGGAGUUGUGGUGUGUAUUCAGAGGAAUCCAAUCUCUUUCAUUAUUCUACUGUUUUGUUAAAAUCUAAGAUCUAUUCUAUUGAAGCGAAAUGCUUCCUGAUGAACUGUGACAUUCAAGAUGUUAGCUUUGGGAGACAGAAACGGACUAUGUUCAACAGUGGUUAAAGCUAUGCCUUGUUAGAACUGAAGAUGUCAGCAUAAGAGUUGUGUAGACAGUUUCAAGCCAUCCUAGUCUAGAAUAUUUGAUGAAUUUCUGUUUUCACCAUUACGAGUGAUGAGUAUCAUGACUUAGUUCAAACCACAUUCUGUUGACUGUGUACUUACUGAUGAAUACAAGGUGAUUGCAUGUGUUCCAUAAAAUCUCGAGGAAUAACUUCGUCUUCAGGAUCUCUCAUAUUAAUUGUCUUGUAUUGAUCAUACUCUUGUCAUAACAUCUUUAGUUGUCUUGUCUUUUUUCCUUAUUUCAUUGUCAUCAUCUUCAUCAUUACCUUUUAUACUUGUGCUGCAUCUCUAGCUCUUGAAUAAGUUUGAUGUAUAUUGUCCCAUGUGUCCCUGGCCGUAGCUAAGAUCAUAAAAGCAUUGGCGAUUUUUGGUAUCAUGGCGCUCCAUAGCCAUGCCAUGAUUCUUGAGUCCUUUUCAUCCUACAUCUCAAAGUAGGGAUAUCCUGGUUUAGACCCUGUACCUAGGAGAUGAUUGAUAUGCCCUCUCCUUUUCAGCACGGUCCUGAUCAAUUGAGACCAGUUAAGAAAACUGCGCCCAUCCAAUCUGCAUGACUGUUGGAUGGCUGUCAACUCCCCAUAUGACUGGGUUCGCUCAAACCUUUGGAAUCCGGUAGAUCCAAGGCUCGAUGUUGUCUCAAAUAUGUUUAAAUCACUAAAAAUUUCUGGUGUUUUUCAAACGGGACUGAAUGAAUCAAUUUCCAAGUGAAUUGAUUUCUAGCUGACAGCUCUCGGCUGUUCUCUUGCCUCCAAUACACAGGAGGAUACGAAGAACAGUUCACAGACCAGUCGUUUGUGUCGCAACACCUGAAAAUGGUACUUGAUGGCUAAGAAGAAAACCAGCGGUGACAGCCAAGAAGGAAAGAGAUUCGAAGUAAAUGAGAAGAUUACACGACCACUUACUUAUCUUCUUCUCGUUGCUGGGAGCAUCUUCUGAUAGAGACGUCUCAAGACAGCAGAGAUUAAAGACAACUUGAUCAAACCAUCGGCUCUGAUCCAUGGUGAACGUUAUAUCACAGGCAGCAAAACCCGAAAACUCUAGUCCUGAACAGGAGAAAUAAGACGCACUUUGCAUUGGUUAGCGUUUGGGCCAGGUGUUUAUACCAGAGCCCUAGUACAGGGGUUGAACUGGGCUGGUCUGUUCCUGUUCGGCACACAAGUAAUACAGAAAAUUACAUUUAAGGUGAAAAAAAAGGAAAAAUGCAACUUAUUUAGACACUAUAAAAUGUUUUGAUGAGCCAAAUGGUCAACAGAAGGGGUCACUUUGUGCUAACAGAAGGAUUGUGACAACAGACAGUUGUGGAUGACUGGAAAAGCCUGCUAGGUUUUGUUACUAACUUCUCUGAGAAAUCGUUCAACAAGAAUCUGAUGCCCCCUAUAUGGAUGUGGCUAUAUUCACUACAAUAAAUGAAGAGUUAGUCUUAUGGAAAAUGAAGAGUCAUUUCUUAAAGUCAUGAGGUUUGUUUUACGAAUUAAAGACAACAGAAUCUUCUAGGGUUUCUCAUGAUCUUCUACCAUUUGUUGUGGGAUACUAAUGUAGACACAGUUUAAGAAUGCAUGGAAUUGCAAGGCAUUCCAUAUCCUCUGGCUAAAGUUUCUCAUCUAUAGUCGUCAUGGAAAAGUAGACGUUAUAGUAUCUUGGCAUCUUGAACAAAAGCGAAAGAGCUGGAAAGGGAAGCCUUUUUAUUUGGGGAGUGAUUUAUAUGUGCUUUAUAUGUUGAAACUUAUUUGAACUUUCUAGAAAGUUUAUUUUGUCUGAGUAGCAUCGAUAUGUGUUCUUGGAGGUUAUGUGAUAAGGCUCCACGCACAAAUUUGUAUUAUGCUGUGUACUUGGAGGUUCUUAUCAUUAUGCUGUGUUCUGAUAGCUUUCCACAAAUUUAUUCUUUCUGAAAUUUCAGCUCAUUUCCGAGAAAAUGCCUGAAUUGUUGGAUUUUGGCAAAGACCUUGUUCAUUUAGAAGCUGCUUCUAAGGUACUUGUAUUAUUUCUCUAUUUAGGAGUUGGAUUAUCGUAUUACCGAUUAAGCAUAAUUUUUUAAAAUUUUUCUGACGCUAACCUCGCAAUUCAUUGAAAACGGUAGAUUCAACUCAAGUUGUUGGCUGAAGAGAUGCAAGCAGUGAGCAAGGGUCUAGAAAAAGUUGAGCAAGAACUUACUGCUUCAGAAGGCGAUGGGGCUAUAUCCAUAGGAUUCCGUAAGGUGCAGUAAUUAUUGUUUGUGAUUAUUCUGUUUCCUCAACGUAUGAUUAUGAAGUAAGAAAUAAUCCAGAAGGAUUGUGAUUUAUGUUCAAAAUUUGUGUCACAAAGAAAUAUUUUCAACCUGGUUGUAUUAAUUGGAUAAUUGUCAUCUCCUACCUUCUUGAGGGGAUCAAGGAAGCAAAUAAGCAGAUGGUGGAUGGAAAAUUUGUAUUUUGCAUGCCACGUUCGUUUUUUGACGAUUCUGCUAGUUUAUAAAGUUAGUAACCUGGAACUGCACGCAAAUAAUCAAGGUUGUAUGUCUCAAACUGAUUGCGAGUGUCUUAUUCAAGGACUCAGAUGUAUCUUUAUGUUUUUCCAAUCCCUACAUGAUGAGAAGCAGCUAUGUUUUCUGUACUUUUCUAUCUUAGACUUGAAGUUCAGGAGUAUGCGUAUCUCUUCUUUUAGUUAAUAUCCCAUUUUAUAUGUACCACUGUAAAAAGACCAAAAAAUGGAAUUUUGAUGGAUUUCGAACAAGAAUGUUUUGCAUUUGGAUUCAGUGUGCACUUACCUAAUGACCUGAUGCGAACAUUUCUUUGAGGGAAUGCAAGGCCUUCAAUAUUGGACAUUCUCUUUCAGAGGACCUACCUAACACCACAUCUUUUUGGUGCGUGGUGUAAGCAGUGGUUGCUUGGUGAAAUGUCUUAAGUUUUCACUUAUUUUUAAUGAAAUUAGGCAGCUAUCCUUUUCAGUGAGAGUUAUCUUGCCUUAGUUCUCCAGUGAUAGUGAAAGCAAAUAAAGACUGAUUGAUGAAAAUUUAUUGAUUAGUUCUUUCAACGAGUUUAAGAAAAGACAUUAGCUCUCUUCUGUUCAUUCUCCGACACCUUAUGGUUUCAUCCGAGCAAAGUGAUUGGCGUCAACAAUGCUCCAGCCGAUCUGUUUUCCCUUGAAACAAAAGAAGAUAGAGCCGUCCAUCUGACUGUAGACCUCAAUCCUCUGCCUUCUGACUGCUUGUCAGUAAAGAGGGGAAUAAGUGAGUGGCUUCCCUUAUAUGAUUGAAUUCCCUCAUCUUCUUUCCCUUUUUGCUUAGUUUAACAACGGUUUCAAAGGAUGUGUGGGCAGUCGACCCAUUUCUACUUCAAGGUUCCUCAUUAGAACGCACUCACAUUUUCUUUUGAUACUAAAUAUAUAAAAUCCUUGAAAUCGGGAAGCUUUGCAUUGAGGUUGAUUAUUAAACAAUGAAAGAUCCUGCAUUGUUAGAAAUGAUUACUUAUGCAAUAAAAGACAUUGUUGUUUAAAUUAGCUACUAGAAUCUUUUUUUCGUUGUGAUUACUGAUUGGUUGGGAAACGUUAUACUUUGCUUAAAAGUAUAACAGUAUUGUUAAAUAAAUCAAUUUUAUUUUACUAAAAUACCACUACCCUAGCUUUUGUUGACUUUUCAAUUUACCAGUGGUUACUGUGCGUGUAGUUCCAUUUAGUUGAUUGAUAGAGGUUGAUAGUUUCCUCUACAUCUUAUAAUUUUUAAUAUGGUUUUUUAUGAUAGUGUUUCCAACAGUAACGCUUCCCUGGAUAAUAUUCUAUGGUUUUUUCCUCUCAGGUCUUGAAAGAUUUCCUCCAUACUGCUGAGGCAGAUGUUAGGUCACUUACGGCUUUGUACUCUGAAGUGGUAUGCUUUCUCAUAGUAUGUAUAUUCCAAGGCUUAUUUAAUCUUCCGCUGUUUACCGUAACUCAGGAACUUGUUUUCAGGGAAGAAGUGCAGAUUCUUUGGCUCAAUACUUUGGGGAAGACCCAGCUCGUUGUCCCUUUGAACAAGGUUUGGUUACAUUUUAUCCUCGUCUAUUUAGUUUCCUAUGUGCAUGGUAGCUGCGGAUGCCAUUGAAUGAAAGAAUCUGCAUGUUACUUCUUACUGUCUCUCUACAGAAGAACUUUCAAUAGGUUGUUUUUUUAGGUUAGAUAAUGAAUGCAAUGACAGGUACAAGUAGAAAUGGAUUAUUUCAUCAUAUAGUCUAUGCUACUUCUCCCAAAUCAGACUGAUAGUUUAUUGAUUUUGAUAAAAAAAAAUUAAAUCUCUUGGAGCAGCGAUUCCUCUCCAAGCGUGCUGACCUUUGCUUUCCUGAACGUGAAUGCGUUCCUUUUAGAAAAAUAAUGUUAAAAAGCACGCAUCCAACCGUGCUCUCCUUCUCUCCUUUCUUGUAUUUACUCCUGUUGAGAUAGGAAGAAGAAGAAAGGGGCCAUAUUACAACAGUGACUAAUGAGACAAAUCGAGUGUUGUAGACAAGUCAGAAACCUGGUCUUCUGAAUGUAGACAGGUUAAGCAUAGAUCUCCAGAUCCAAUUUCUCUGGUAAAGUCAAUGUUCAAUCUGUGUUUGGUAUUGUGAUUCUAUGCUGGAUUGUUUGUGGUGUUUAUUGUUGCCUCAUUUUCAGAAUGGAGGUUGAGUGGUAUCCUCAAUUCCAGGUUGAGGUGUCACGGGAUGGUUUUAGCUAAAAUAAUUAAUUCUGCCAACCUAUGGAGUUGGACUUGAGAUCGAUCACAUAAUGUUUGUUUCUUGUGUUUUAAGUGAUUAAUUUACCUUUCAAGAGGUCAUAGUAAGAAUGGCCUGUGAUAAACCUCUGCAGAUGAUCGGACUUGGUAAAUAGAUGUAGUUUCUCCUAGCGAAGACUUCAAAUAGAUAUAGAUAUGUUGUAAUACACACCAUAAGAAAGCAAACUGGCCAGCCCGUACUUUGUUCUCUUCUAAUGUUCUUCUGAGAGAUCAUGCUUUUGACCGUCUUACCUGCGCAGUGACUUCGAUUCUGGUUCUCUUCGUCAACAUGUUCAAUAAAGCAAGAGAUGAAAAUGCCAAGCAGGCGGAAUCCGAGAAGAAGAAACUGGAAAAGGAGGCCAUGAAAGACAGGGCUAAUCCUUGUUCCGCCAACAAGGACGGCGCUGAUUCUGAGAGGGCGAGAUUUAUUUCCCCAAACAAGAAACAGGUUUGGUUGAAUUGUGCCAAGUAUGAAUGA